CGCGCCACUUACCAACGUUUAGCGCUAGGCCUAGCACUAGUGUAGCAGUAUUGUCUGUGCUGCAAGGUUGCAUGCAUGAGUCAUCGUUUUUCCCCUCCUUCGAAGUUGAAUGCUUGAAUGCGCAGCUAGCUUCUUCCUGGCUCAUUUUUUGGAAGUCUCACCAUCGUAAAAGUAGCUCACUGUUAUAAAAAUGUCUGCAGUAACGCCCAAGGGUGAGGUAGUUGAGAUCCAAAGCAAGGAGGAGUUUGACAAGUAUGUGAACGAGUGCGGAGACACUCUGCUGGUGGUGGAUUUCUAUGCUCAGUGGUGUGGUCCAUGCAAAAUGAUAGGUCCUAAAGUUCAAGAAAUGGCCAAAAGCAACAUGGACGUGAUGUUUAUCAAAGUGGAUGUGGAUGAAGUAUCGGAGGUAACUGAAGCUUGCGGUAUAUCUGCCAUGCCAACUUUCUUCUUUUACAAGAAUGGAAAGAAAGAGCACAGCGUUACAGGGGCUUCAGAAGCAAAGCUGGCUGCUGCCAUCACAAAGUACAAGUAACUACAGGCAGACAGAGACAGUUGGGUAGCCAAGAUAAUGGGAUUUACGGCUUGCCUGGUUGUUACGUGUACGCCUUUUCCCCCGAUGAUGUCAUUUUUUAUCACCUCCUUCUUUCCUAGCUAUUAAACCUGUAAACAAAGACAAAUCUCUCCCAUUUUGUUUAUGAAGUUUAUUUGAAAUUUUGAAAAAUUCCAAAUUGUCUUUUUAAAAACACAUUCAAGAUAUUGGCAGACUUUCUAUCUAAUUGCUUUGUUUUAUUAUUUUUUGUUCCUUUUGUUGUCCAAAAGCACAACUGAGCAGUAAUGCUGAGAAUUUUAGUUCCAUUCUCUCAGUACCAUUGUAAAUUUACAACCUGCAUGUUAAUUAUGCAUUGUCUAUUUUAUAAACACAUACAUGUGCUUUUCACUGUUUAGCAUUGAAGUAUGGCAUAUUGUACAGUUGUAUGUACUUCUGGGUUCAUCUUGGGGGAGGUGACCACACCCCUGUGUAGUUAAUUUCUAUGAAUGAUAACAAUUAGGUGCACAUUCGUGAAUUGGAAGCAGUACCUGAAGUUUUUUUGUAGCUCUUGUGUGCAAUGGGUACUCUUUCUGAAUAACAACAUUGACUUCAGGGUCAUGAAAUUGGAUAUGUCUUUUGAAAUAAAAUUUUGAUGCUGGAGAGAA